AUGAUUCAUACAGUCUCUUCUCCACAAGUCAGUUCCUCCCCCGUUUCUCGAGGCGGUAGUUGCCCUCCUCCAUCAAGCAGUCCUCCAUCUUCACCUCUGUCAGGCGGACGUGCUACCACUCCUGGAUCAUCUCUUUUUGAUUCCAGUCUCAAGUCAGAAAGCUUUCCCAAUACGAGGCAUUCUGACAUAUGUGCUUCACUAAGAAGCAUAUCCUCACUGUCAAAGACACCUCAGAUUGCAGCUGCCAAAUCGGAGACGGACAGCCUAUUCUAUAAUCCGUCUACACCUCCAAAUCCUGCAUGCGCUUCUCGACGUGGCUUUAUCCGCGAGAGAAUGAGCAACAAGUUCAUUCCGUACCCCCCCUCUCCGGCUCCAAUUGAGGUCCGUUAUGCAGCUCGUGUCACUGGGCGAGAAUGCAAACCAUACGUAUCCUCUGACUCACUUCUCGAGCAUGCCGGAACAUUGGAAAAUGGCCUCACGCAAAUGCGUCCUGCAACCUUGUACAAAGGGUAUCAAGCAAAGCUUGCUGCUCGUGAGACUGCAUGCCAGCGCAUGUUGGUGACCGCAUGGGAAAUCGAGGAAACCGAGCGCUUCCUUGAGUUCCUGGAUGCUCUGCAUGUCGACAACGAAGAACGGCUCGGAUUCGCUCAAGAAGACUUAAACAUCUUUAGGAAGCUAUUUUCUGAGCGUGACCGUUCUGAUGUCAAUGACGACAGAGAUUACCUUCAAGCUGUCUACAAGGAUGAAAUGGAGAUUCUUCGCGUUGUCUCGCUACAAGCUGAGCAGUUCUCAAAGAUCUUAGGUGCAUGUGUCAAGAAGGAUUUCUUGCAACCUGGAGCCAAAGGAUCGGGAUCACCAUCGCCUGAGCCUGGGGUUUCGAUUAGAGAUAAUCUGGUAUCCGCAGAUCAGGAAGAUAACUCACAGGUUUCGGUCAAUUCGGCAGCACAGUCCACACACCCUUCCCGUACGCCGUUAUUUGUAUGA